AUGGAUGAAGAAGACGUUGAUAGCGAUAUAGAGGAGGAGGAAGAAGAGGAUUUAGGAGUAUCUUUAGUCCCUUUUGUUGGUAACAAAAAGGCUCGGGGCAGCGGUAGUGAAGGCGAUGUGAUACCCGGGGAGUGGUCUGAGAGUGACGAGGACGAAAGCGUGGAUGAGGAUGAAUACUCAGAUCAUGACGACGACAACGAUGAUGAUGAUGGCCGUGAUCCUGCCACUGGAUAUGGUAGGCGUGAGCUCUCACACAAUGACACUAUUGCAUACGCAGUAGAGCUUGCCAUGCGAGAUGAUGAUGACGUUCUGGUUGAAAAUGCACUUGAAAAGAUCCGAUACGCACGAGCAAACAGGCUGGAUAACUUCACCCUUACAGAUAGGGAGGUUGACGCAUUGGAAAGGAGGCGACGACGGAAUGCAGAAAUAGGGCCCAGCAGACCACGCACCCCGGCUACCAACGAAAGGGUCAAAACGCCUUCAAAAGGGAGUACCAAGCAGAUAUCCCGCUCUUCUAAGUACAGGAGACCAUCUGACACCAUGAGCGUUACCGAUUCGACUUAUUCAUCUCCAGCAUACCUUGGGCAUUACUCUGUCCCAGCUUCUCCAGCUCCCAGCCACGUAUCCUUAAGGAAUUCCUCGAACAGGUCCAGGCAGCCACGCCCUCUACUAUCACCCAGGCAGCAACCGAAACCCCCACCACCGCAGCCACCACCGCAGCCACCACCGCAGCCUCAGUUUUAUCCUUUCGGGCCACAUCCCUCGAUGCUGCCCGGCCCUACUGCCACUGGAGCAAUUCCCCUAUCCGUGCCUCAAUCUCCAUACCCCAUGUACCCUCGGCCAGCAUAUCCACCACCGCCUCCGAACAUUAUGUGUCAGCCUGUGUUUUCUCCUUCACCUUAUGAUAAUUACCUAAACCAUCCACCUCCUGAUCCAUUCGCAUUGCAUGGGCCACCCCCUUUAUCCAACCAAGGCACUAGCAGUAUUGGUAAUGGUGAUGACUCGAGAAUCACCGACGGUACACCUAACAGCAAAGUCGAUGGGCUAACCCGCCGAAAGAAACCAUCAGCAAAGUCGUCUCCUAAAAAGCCAAAGCCUGAUUCUACCAAACCACCUGACACACCCAAGCCCGAUCAUGCAACUCCUACCACAUCUACUACCACGGAGACUCCCAAAUCCCCUUCGUCCAAACCUACUACCAUCGCAACUCGGCAUGGUUUUGUUCGACCAAAGAGGAAAAAAUUCAGAUGGAUUUAA